GGGCUGAGCGCCGCCUUCAGCGGGCCCCGCAUCGCCUUCUACGUGGGGCUCAAGAGCCCCCACGAAGGCUACGAGGUGCUCAAGUUCGACGACGUGGUCACCAACCUGGGCAACCACUACGAGCCGGCCAGCGGCAAGUUCACCUGCCAGGUGCGCGGCAUCUAUUUCUUCACCUACCACAUCCUCAUGCGCGGCGGUGACGGCACCAGCAUGUGGGCCGACCUCUGCAAGAACGGGCAGGUGCGGGCCAGUGCCAUCGCCCAGGAUGCUGACCAGAACUACGACUAUGCCAGCAACAGCGUGGUGCUGCACCUGGACUCCGGCGACGAGGUGUACGUCAAGCUGGAUGGAGGCAAAGCGCACGGAGGCAACAACAAUAAGUACAGCACUUUCUCUGGCUUUCUUUUAUACCCCGAUUAAAACAGAGCGAGCGACACGACCCUGCUGACCCCGCCAGCGAUGCGCGUGGGGCUGGCUGGUGUCUCCGUACCCCGUCGUGCUGCGGUUCCCGCUGGUGUCCGCUGUCUCCGCAGGUCACUUUAGCUUCGUUACCACUUCGUAUGUUUUUUUUUUUUUUUUCUUUUUCUUUUUCUUUUUUUUUCUUUUCCUGUGGAAACGAAAUGCAAGUGAAACAAAGCGAUCCCCUGCUCUGAGCCCCCCAUCCCUUUGUCAGCCUCGGUGUUUUGUGUGUCACACCAGGAGCUCGGCGGCUUGAAACUCUCGAGUGGUCCCCGCGGUGUGUACGGGGGCUCAGAGUUCAGCCUGUGCCACACAUGGAAUUUGAACCGGUUGUUUUCUUUUUGGUCGAUGAGUAUUAAUUACGAUGCUGAAUUUUCGGAUUGAUUAUUCAUGAAGUGGUUUUGAUUAUUCAUGGAGUGGCCAUAACUGGUUUUUCCUCUGCUGCUUCGUUUGUAUGGGGUCAAGUGUAAACUUUUCUUUUCUGUGCAACGCAAUGCUCGUGUGAAUGACGAUGUCACUAAUGGCGAAUCUGUUCCUGUCUGCAAAAGAGUUCAGUCCUUGACCACGAUCACCAGAACACCACAUUAAAUUAUGUUUUUAGACAA